AUGCUAAAGCAUCUGACGGCUCGACUAAAACUUCAGCAGCAUUUUACUCCCUGGCUGAAUGGAAUCGUGGAGAGACUUAAUAAGGAUGUCCUCCAGGUGUUUCGGGCAUUUUUGAUGAAAUAUGUUAUAGAUGAGUUUGAAUGGCCGUACCUACUGUCUGCUAUACAAGCGAGCCUAAAUCAACCCCCUGUGCAACCACUAGCUCGUCACACCCAUGUCGAAGUGUUGACUGGACUGCCAGUUUCGUCAGCUUUUUAUACAAUUGUAGUUGGUGAAAGUGGCGAUGAACGGGUUAUAGAGAUCAGCGACAUGGACGAGAAACUAAUCCUGAAUGUGUGUUACUCCACGCUGGUUACGAGGCCGAUCAAGGCUCUAAUUAUUAAUCGUGUAAACCACCCGCUGCACGGAUUACAUCUACAAGUCGCAGACGCAAAAGAGCACAAGAGGCUCUAG